AUGAUCGUAGGCUCUCUUGGCCUUUUCGUUCUUGGAGCUAGCGCUGGACCAUGCCGUCCCACCGAUACGACUACCACUGUCAUAACUGACUUGACCACCGCAACCGCGACAGCAACAACUGCCCCCGUCACAACAAGCAGUGCUGUCCCGGAAGGAGAACCAGCAUGCAGUAUCGAAAGUCCACAAUAUGGCCCUACUGGUGAAUACGAGGUUUACUGCGACAGCUUCGCCGGCAGUACAACACCCAUCGGGGGCAUCUACCUCUCCAAUUCUCUCUCUGAAUGCCUGGAUCACUGCGACGAGUCGCCUGGUUGUGUGGGCGUCAACUACAUCACGACCAAUGUACCUUAUUGCACCAUCUGGUCUUCCGCUGGAAGAUUUGGUGAACUGAAGGGUGUCAUUUUGGCGAAACGCGUCGUUGCAACGACUCUGGAACCCACUGCGCCUUGA